GCUUUCUUGCCCUUAUGCGCAAUUUCUUCCGGUCUCGUUUACCGUCUGCUCCAGACGAGAUAUAUGCAUCCAGCCUCCAGACACUCCACCUGGGCCACGCCCUCUGGUAUCCCGAACCGCAUGGAACGGGCGAGCCACAGAUAGGCGACGUCGGCUUCGUGGACGAGGGCGCGUUCGUCAGGCUGUUCAAUCUCGACGACGCCUCCGUGCCCGAGAAGAAGGUCAAACUCUGGGACCCGCCAUUCGAGAUCACAGAGCCCGUACCUCCGGGAGUAUUCAGGAUCGACUCCAGGCGUAGCCCGCUCGUUCCAAAAGAUUAUCGCAGCCACGGGGUGGAGAGCAAGGAAAUGCAUGCCUCGGCAGACGUGACGGCCGGCGCAGGCCUUUCUGUGACUCUCGACGCCAGCUACACAUGCAGGGCGACGCAGGGCGCGGUUCUUGUCCUCAAGAGCGAAGCGCACGCAGAGAAGAUACUCAGGAAUCGGCUGUUGAAGAAGUACAUCGUUCGUCACUGCGAUAGAUGGUACGCGUACGCCAAGAAUGAUAUCCACCAGGACAUCAAGCAGGAGGAUAUUGUUGUGGUGAGCGGAUGGGUCAAGACCACGGCGGAUUGGGCGGUGGCCGCCUUCAGUAAUACGAGUACAAGCUCUAGUGCGUCACUAGAGGGGCGUUGUAGAGGUAGAUUCGGCUUACGCGGGUCGACGUCGGUGCGGUAGGAUGAAGGAGGGGAUAUGGUCGUCGAGGGAAAAGAAACUUGAACGCGCGAGCAGCGAACUCUAGUUACAGAGACGCCGCGAGGGCCAAAACCUACAACCUAAUACUUAAGCUAAUAUACUGU